UCCAAAAGUUUUCAGCCAUCAGUCAAUAUAUACUUGUGCAAAACAUUUUUUGAAGCAGGAGGAGAUCGAUACUUGCUACUCUCAUUCUUCAUUUCUGUUAGCUCGCCUAGUGAGAUGGCGGAGGCUGCAGCUGACCCAGUACUUCUUACAUUCACCAAUUGCGAGAGUUGGAUGCUCUAUAUCGAAACUAAGCUUAGAGGUGAAGUCGAUCUGAAUGAAUACUGUAGUCCUUCUCUAUGGGACUACCUUCGCGGCUCUCUGGAUAGGGAUUCGUUUUUUCCGGGAACAGACGAGAAAGUUCUUAAGGAGAUAAGAAUGUCGUGUAGUCAAGAGAUGUUACCACAUAUUUUGUAUGCCGAGUAUGCUGCGGAAGCUUGGAAAUGGUUAGCAGAUCAUGCAGUAGCUGCCUCAACGGAGGAAAAAGGUCAGAUACGUAGAGAUCUUACUAAUAUCCUUCUUAAUUUUCUUAAAUUUUCUCAUUUCCCCGCAAUUGGUUUUGUAUCCCGUAAAGGUUCAGUUGACUGUCAAAAAAAAAAAUACAGUUAAGUGUUCCCGGAACACCUCGUACUCGUAUCUUUAAGAUAGGAAGAUACGACAAGGAAGGUAGAGAUUAGGCAGGCAGUAACCCAUUUACCCCUGUCGCAAUGAUGUUAUAUAUUUCUGAAUGUAUAUCAUUUUUUUCUUAUAAUAAUAUAAAUUCUCAAAUAUUAGUUUCAAAUCCGUUGUAUUUAGGCUUUAUUAAGAAAGAAUCUAACUAAAAUAUGUCAUUUUUCUCACUAAAUUAAGACAUAAAUCUUGAUUUGAAUAUACUUUUACUAGUAGUUUAAUUAUUAUGAUUCGAUUUUGAGCGAGGUAUUAUAAAAUGAUGGGAACCGCAAUAGCAUCAAGAGCAAAGGCAAAUGAAGUUCCAGAAGUUGAUAAAGUUCUGACAAAGCGAAAUUAUGGAAAAUGGAAAAACUAUAUGAAAAAUGUAUUGCUGAGUAAAUGUCUUUGGGAGGUUGUGGAUGGAAGUGAAUCGAUUGGGUCACGCUCUUACAAGACGAAAAAUCAUAAUGCUUUGAUAACCAUUCGAAUUUCAUGUGGGGAAGAAAUGUUAGACCACGCUCGUGAAGCUUGGCUCAAGUUAGCCGACAAGCUAGAAGGAGCUGUCACUUCUACAAUGGAAAGAAAAAAAGGGAUAGACAAUGUUGAUCAUGUACUUCUUACAGUAAGCUUCAAUCUUGUCGAACGGAAUCGUUACAUAUUAAGCGGCAAUUACGAAAUUUGGAAAGAUUGUAUGCAAACUUAUUUGAAAGGUCGAGGCUUAUGGGGUUUUAUGGAAGAGUCUGUAAUAUCAGACCAUGUGAAAGACGAGGAAGCUCUUGACGCGAUAAAACUUUCUUGUGGAUCAGAGAUGUUAAGUUACAUUUUAUACAUGGAUUGCGCCAGACAUGCGUGGGAAAAGUUAGCAGAAGUAGCAGCUCUUUCUACAACAGAGGAAGGAAAUCUGGGAGACUUCAUUGCAUAUCGUAUAUUCUCCCAGAUAAAUAAGGUAACAGAAUUAUAUUGUCUAUUACACACCCUUAGUCGUAACGGGAGAGGAGCACACGUUAAGACUAGAACGAAAACGAACAAACAAUACCCGUGGAAGGCCCUUGGUGAAGAUGUCUGCAUAUUGACUGUCAGAAGGAACGUGCAAAGCAUGAAUCUCACCGAUACCAUUCCAGUUGGGGUCCCUAAGUGCAUAAAGAUGAGAACGGGGAAGAGGGGAAAUGGGAAUUGUAGAUUGGACAUGAAGAUUGAGUUUUUGGAUGGGACGGAAGAUGCCCCGGGAGGCCCUGGUGGUUGGGCGAGAUGCCGCUCGAAGCUGUGGGCAGGAAGGUGUGGCUGGAUGAAGUGGGCUGGAAGAGACAGACACAGAGAUGGGCUGAGUUUGGGAGGUUGUUGGAGUGUCGAGGGAGAUGGGCUGUGA